GACGACUUGGGUGGCAGUGACCCUGCCCCCGCUCCCAGCCCCCGCCCUUGGCGCAAGCUGGAGUCCCACUCACCACCUCUGUGUUCAGGCUGGUCUCUCCCAUAGCCCAGGCUAGACCCUCCCUCCCGAACAGUGGCCCCAGCCAGGCACCCCCUCGGUGACCCUGGCGUGGGCCCCCUUCCUCCCCCGGUCUAGGGCUAGGACUGCUUUGCCCCGUCUCUCCCGCCCAGGCUAGGCCAUCGUUUCUCCCUGCCAUGGCCCAGGCUAGGCCGCUGCCUCCCUCUCUCUCUCCCUCCCUUGCCUUCUCCAUGGCCUCAGGCUGGACUCCGGUCAGCCCCUUCUGCAGCGGCCUAGGUUUGCUUCCCCUCUUCUCCGUGGCCUCAGCCUGAAUCUCCUCUUCCCUCUGUGAUCUUAAAUCUGGACCUCCUCUCCUCCGCCCAUGGCUCCCGUCUGGACCUCACUGCCCCCUCCCCACCCUGAUCCCCUUCCCUGGACUUUUCGCCACUCCUAGCGUAACCUGCGUCUGCCACGCUCGGUCCCCGCCCUGAUCCUCUCACCAGGGUCCUGCCCCUUGCCCAGUGCACGACUCAGGGUCCCCUUCCCUGUUCCUGGGGCGCGCCUUCUUUGCAGCCUUCGGGAAGCGAGGGGAGCUCUCCAUCAGGGAUGGGGUGGUCCCGGUGCUGUGCCUUCUCAGUUGCCCCUUCUAGGGAGGCCGCCUAGGAGCCAGCCAGGGAAGGGCGGGCAUCGGUGUGCCCAGAAGGCAGCGCGCUGUUCUGCGGGCCCCUCUCGAGGCCGCCGCCGUGGGUGCUGUGCGUGCGAAGCGUUCUGCAGGGCAGGCCGGGGUCCGCGGCGCCCGGGCCUGAGUGGGAGCCGAGGGGCGAGGGUGGGUGGCCCACAGGACAAGGAUGAACGCACAAUCGCCCUUGUGAGGCCGUGGCCUUGGGAGGCCACCAGGCCCUGGAUCCAGUAUAUGGCCUGGACACGAUGCACCCGAGCAGGCGCAGUCUCCCCUUCCCUCUGAACUGUCAGCUUGUAAGGGUUGGAACUGCUGAUUAUGGAAGUCCCUCGGAUCAGAGUGAUCAGCAGCUGGACUGUGCCUUGGACCUAAUGAGGCGCCUGCCUCCCCAGCAAAUCGAGAAAAACCUCAGCGACCUGAUUGACCUGGUCCCCAGUCUAUGUGAGGAUCUCCUGUCUUCUGUUGACCAGCCACUGAAAAUUGCCAGAGACAAGGUGGUGGGAAAGGAUUACCUUUUGUGUGACUACAACAGAGAUGGGGACUCCUAUAGGUCACCAUGGAGUAACAAGUAUGACCCUCCCUUGGAGGAUGGGGCCAUGCCGUCAGCUCGGCUGAGAAAGCUGGAGGUGGAAGCCAACAAUGCCUUUGACCAGUAUCGAGACCUGUAUUUUGAAGGCGGCGUCUCAUCUGUCUACCUCUGGGAUCUGGAUCAUGGCUUUGCUGGAGUGAUCCUCAUAAAGAAGGCUGGAGAUGGAUCAAAGAAGAUCAAAGGCUGCUGGGAUUCCAUCCACGUGGUAGAAGUGCAGGAGAAAUCCAGCGGUCGCACCGCCCAUUACAAGUUGACCUCCACGGUGAUGCUGUGGCUGCAGACCAACAAAUCUGGCUCUGGCACCAUGAACCUCGGAGGCAGCCUUACCAGACAGAUGGAGAAAGAUGAAACUGUGAGUGACUGCUCCCCACACAUAGCCAACAUCGGGCGUCUGGUAGAGGACAUGGAAAAUAAAAUCAGAAGUACGCUGAACGAGAUCUACUUUGGAAAAACAAAGGAUAUUGUCAAUGGGCUGAGAUCUAUUGAUGCUAUCCCUGACAACCAAAAGUUUAAGCAGUUGCAGAGGGAGCUCUCUCAAGUGCUGACCCAGCGCCAGAUCUACAUCCAGCCUGAUAAUUAAGCCGAUCCAGGUCUGUGCAGACUUUUGCAGACAAAUCAAAACAAGAAGCUCUGAAGAAUGACCUGGUGGAGGCUUUGAAGAGAAAGCAGCAAUGCUAAACCUCUGCUUCAUGCUAACCAGACACGCCGUGCACUCGUUAGAUUCCUUUCUUAGAAAACUCGUUUUCUGCUCCCUCCCCUCAUCCCUUCCCUCCCCGACAGGUCACAUAACAGCUGCAUCAUUGACCGCACAGCGCCAUCUCUCCCUGAGAAUAAAGCUGAUAGCCACCCUCCUCUGGCUCCGAGCCUGCUUCUGCCACACCUCGCUCUCAGUUCUCUCCACAUUUCCAUAGAGACCGUUGUGGUUUUUGUUCACCCGGGCCCCCCGUCUUCCUCCCUGUCCCCCCAUUUACAGGCAUAAAAUCCACUGUCUGCCAGCCUCCCUUCCCUCCCACCUUUUUGUUACAUUGGUGUAAAAAAUGUAAAACAAAAAAAAUUUUAUGAACUAACUGUGGUGUGUGAAAGAGAGAAGAAAAACUGGAAAUCUUAUUCCGUGUGUGUUUGGGAGUUGCUUGGGGUUGGGGGUCGUGGGGACAGGGGACAGCUCCGGGAGCAGAGGUGGCCCUCCGUGCCGUCCUGCGCAGACUCGCCCGUCCCACGGAGGCCGCGGGGUGGGGGCUGGGGGGGGGCUGCCGACCGUUCCGCUCUUCCGGCCAGGUGCUUUUCUGUCAAUUUCUAUGGAAUGCAAAAGGAGGUUUUUGUUUUAUUUUGUUUUUUUGUAAAGCUUAAGAAAAAAAUCAUCUUAUACUUGAGCCUCCAUACUUAAAAAAGAAAAGAAAAAAAAAUCAAUAAAAAGAAACUGGGACGCAGUUA